AUGGUGUGGCGUACAUUUGUGAUGGAUACUUCUGUGACAUCACAUCUCACUGACGAACACCUCAAGAAAAUCCGAGAUGAUCUAUUUAUAGUAAAGGAUGCUGGCUGGACAGCAGUUCUUCGUUUCUGUUACGUCUUUGAAGAUACGCCAGCGCAUGCACCAUAUGGUGAUGCUGACAAACACUGGAUACUGGAGCACAUCAAGCAACUACGUCCGAUCUUUCACGAGUUUGAGGGAAUCAUCACCACUGUGCAGGCAGGAUUCAUUGGAAAUUGGGGUAAACUCUCAUUUCAGGGAACAUGCAAGUUGGAAACAGGGGGAACAUGGAAGAUGAAAACUGGGGUAAUGGGUUUAGGGAACAUAGAAGUUGGAAAUUGGAGUAAACUCUCAUUUCAGGGAACAUGGAAGUUGGAAAAUUGGGAGAAUGGUAUUACACAACAUAUUUCGGUGACCCAAACCACCUGGAUCAUGAACACUAUCCGCCAUAUGGGUAUUCUCCCAAGGUCUGGCAAGAUCGCAAGGAUGUUCUCACCGCUUUGUUACACGCAGUUCCGAAAUCUAUCGCAUCACAACGACUGUUUCUUGUCUUCUGACGACGACGUUGGCACCUACACGAACCCUGCAGUGGAGAGGCCGUACCUCCAUGACGACACCAAAUACCUCAUAAUGGGAGGCGAGACGUGUGGACUAACUAAAAAUCAUAGACACGAAUGUCCGACUGCGCUAUCAGAGAUGCAAACCUUCCACUGGACGUUUCUAAAUGAGUAUUUCUUCCAACCUAUGUACGCUGUGUGGAAACAACAGGGAUGUUAUGAAGAAAUCCAUCGGCGACUGGGAUACAGGCUGCGUAUUACUGAGGCGACGAUUCCCCGGACAGUUCAGAGUGGGGCAGACAUGUGUGUAAAGCUUGUCUUUAGGAAUGACGGAUUUGCCGCUCCAGUCAAACACAUGAACGUCAUGUUAGUUUUAAAGGCGCAUACUGGCCACACCUACAGCAUCAAGCUCUCAUCUGCUGACGUGCGUCUCUGGUUACCCGGAUCCGUUCACACAGUGACAGCAGCCGUGCAUGUUCCUGGAUCGUUCCACCAAGGGCACUAUCAUACGUACUUGGCAAUCAGUGACCCUAUAGUGACUGACAAGGCUGAUUAUUAUGUUCUGCUGGCCAAUAAGAAUGUUCCUGAGUUUUCUACAGGACUCAACAACCUGCACCACACAAUCGUAGUGAGCGGCCAUCACUCAGGAGGUCAGACAUCCUCGUGUAGUCACCUGAAGAGUUGGAGUCCACCACAACAUAGUCGAUAUUCUCGAGUGUUUACAGGAAAGCUUAAUGACUGAACCAGCUUAGAAGACAGAGGUUCUGAUACUAUUAGCAAUU